AUGGAUAGAGCCCAGGUCUACCUGGUGACAGGAGGAUGUGGUUUUAUUGGCGAAAAGAUCGUAGAGCUCCUGUCUCAACAAGACUACAUCAAAGAGGUCAGAGUUUUUGAUUCAGGAGCAAGAGAAGAAGAAAAAUUCAUCCCAGCUACCACUCAUGUGACAGUGAUGAAAGGAGACAUUCGAGACUGCAGUCUGCUCCUUGCUGCCAUGUGGGCUGUUCACGUGGUUAUUCACACAGCUGCUAUUGUGGACUACAGAAACACUGUGCCCUUCUGGGAAAUGAAAGCUGUCAACGUUGGGGGUACUGAAAACGUGUUAAGGGCCUGCUGUGUCCUGAACAUCCCAUAUGUUGUCUACACAAGCUCCAUGGCUGCGGUGGGACCUAACACCUUGUGUGAGCCCAUGUGCAGAGGAAACGAGGACACCAAAUACAGCGGGGAAGUGGAGCUUCCUUAUGGGAAGACAAAGGCCAUGGCAGAAAAACUUGUAUUUGAAGCCAAUGGGAAAAAGCUGAGCAAUGGUGGCAAACUCACAACCUGCAUCAUCCGUGCAAACACAGUAUAUGGGGAGAAGGCAACAUUUCUGCGAGACCUGUAUUUGUUUGCCAAAGCCAGGAACAAUGCGAACUACCUAGAGCCUGAGAACACCGAGCGCAAUUCCAUGUAUGUGGGGAAUGUUGCAUGGAUGCAUGUUCUUGCAGCAAGGCACCUGCAGCUGAAACCGGACUUACUUGCCAGACAAGUGUAUUAUUGCUAUGAUGACACUCCAAGAAAAGGUUUUCUGGUCAGGCAUCAGCUCCUGUCUUCUGUGGACCCCUCGGUAAGGCUAGGCUCACACAUCCCUUACUGGAAGAUGUGGUUAAUAAUACACAGGACACAGGAUACGUACAGGAUAAUCAAGGCACUCUUGUACCCCUUCUGGAAGCCGCAGCCGUUCCUAAACUUGCCUUUACUGAACACAAUAGUCACCACCUUCUCCUAUGAGACAGACAAAGCCUUCAGGCACUUCAGGUACAAACCCCUCUUCACCUGGCAGGAGAGCAAGCAGAGAAUGGUGCAGUGGCUGAAAGCAGCUGCAGGGAACGUAUCCUGCCCCCAUCUUCAUCAGAAGGAGAAUUAA